CAUUCUGUCUGUUGUCUAGCCUCUGGCCCCUGGGCCUUGCCUCUGCCUUCUGGCUCUAGUUGUUGGGUUAAAUAUAUCACAAAUUAAUUAAACCGCAAACCUAAGGCCACCAACAAUUUCAUUAUAAACAAACAAACAAACAAACAAACAACCCCCAACGGCCAACGCCAACCCAUCGUCCUCUCUGUUUUACCCCAACUCUCACCGUCCCGUUCCGACCGUUCAAACCCUCCUUCUCGAUGACCCGACAAAAUUCACAGAACCAAAGAAGAACAUAAAAUAUUCUUCAAAUUUUUUAAUUUUUUUCUUUAUUUCAAAUUAAUAAUUGCGUAAAAUAAAAACUAAUAUAAAAAAAAUCUCCAAAACACCAUCACUCUCACUCUCUUCUUCACUCUACAACUAAGGUACACCAUACACCCUCACUAUCUUUUGCAGGCCAUUUUCUCUCUUUUCCCCUCUUUCUCUCGCAUUUGCUUUGAUUUCCCAGUUCGGAGUACUCUGCUGCUGUUCUCUCUCUUUCUCUCUCACAAGGCUUGGGUUUCGGCAUUAUCAUGUGAAACCCUAGCUUGCCUAGGGCUAGUUAGGGUUUUGGCGAGAUCCGUGCAGAGCCACCAAGCGCGCGCUUCGCAAUGGGCAAUUGUUGCAGAUCUCCGGCCGCCGUCGCCAGGGAGGACGUGAAAUCGAACUUUUCCGGCCACGAUCACGGCCGGAGGGACUCCAGCGCCGGGAAGAAGGCUCCGACGACAGUGUUGACCGGCGUGCCCAAGGAGAACAUCGAGGAGAAGUACUUGGUGGAUCGAGAGCUAGGCCGCGGCGAGUUCGGCGUCACGUACCUCUGUAUCGACCGCCACAGUCGUGAGCUCUUGGCCUGCAAGAGCAUUUCGAAGCGGAAGCUCAGGACUGCAGUGGACAUCGAGGAUGUGAGGCGCGAAGUGGCGAUUAUGAAGCAUUUGCCGAAGAAUUCGAGCAUCGUGAGCUUGAAGGAGGCUUGUGAGGACGAAAAUGCCGUGCAUUUGGUGAUGGAGUUGUGCGAGGGCGGUGAGCUCUUCGAUCGGAUUGUGGCCAGGGGGCAUUAUACGGAGCGAGCUGCUGCGGCGGUCACCAGGACCAUUGUUGAGGUCGUGCAGCUCUGUCACAAGCAUGGAGUGAUUCAUAGGGACUUGAAGCCCGAGAACUUCUUGUUCGCGAACAAGAAGGAGAAUUCGCCUCUCAAGGCCAUUGAUUUCGGCCUGUCUAUAUUCUUCAAGCCAGGUGAGAGAUUCUCAGAAAUUGUUGGAAGUCCAUACUACAUGGCUCCUGAGGUUCUCAAGCGGAAUUAUGGGCCAGAAAUAGAUAUAUGGAGUGCAGGAGUUAUACUCUAUAUUUUAUUGUGUGGGGUUCCCCCUUUUUGGGCGGAGUCUGAACAAGGGGUUGCACAGGCCAUUCUUCGUGGACUGAUAGAUUUCAAACGUGAUCCAUGGCCCAACAUUUCGGAGAGUGCCAAGAGUUUAGUUAGGCAAAUGUUGGAGCCAGACCCAAAGCUACGAUUGACUGCAAAGCAAGUGCUUGAGCAUCCUUGGCUCCAAAAUGCUAAGAAAGCUCCAAACAUUCCCCUUGGAGAUGUUGUCAAGUCAAGGCUUAAGCAGUUUUCAAUGAUGAACAGAUUCAAAAGAAAAGCCCUAAGGGUUAUUGCGGAUUUCUUUUCCAUUGAUGAAGUUGAAGACAUUAAGGAGAUGUUUAAGAAGAUAGACACUGAUAAUGAUGGCAUUGUUUCAAUUGAAGAGUUAAAAUCUGGACUUCGAAAUUUUGGAUCCCAACUUGCCGAGUCUGAAGUUCAAUUGCUUAUUGAAGCUGUUGAUACUAACGGGAAGGGAACCCUGGACUAUGGAGAAUUUAUUGCUGUUUCCCUCCACCUACAGAGAAUGGCCAACGAUGAACAUCUUCACAAGGCAUUUUCCUACUUUGACAAAAAUAGCAACGGCUACAUUGAGCCAGACGAGCUCCGCGAUGCACUGAUGGAAGAUGGGGCAGACGAUUGUACAGAUGUAGCAAAUGACAUCUUUCAAGAAGUGGACACAGACAAGGAUGGGCUUAUCAGCUACGACGAAUUUGUUGCCAUGAUGAAAACUGGGACAGACUGGAGAAAGGCUUCUCGACAUUACUCAAGAGGGAGAUUCAACAGUCUAAGCAUAAAACUGAUGAAGGAUGGGUCCAUAAAUUUGGGGAAUGAGUGAAACAUAGACAAGUUCAGUCAUUGGAUUAUUGAUACAAAAGAAGUAUCGGGUCAUUUCCGGCACAUCAUCUGCCUGCUUUCUUUUGUGAUUAUUGUUAGGGUCCCUUGAUUUAGGAUGGGGCUCCUUUUUGCUUGGGUGCCUGCCAUACAAGGAUCCUGGAGGGGGCCGGGAACACUUAUUUUGUCGCGGCGAGCAUUUAAUCGUGUAAAACACAUGGUACCUCGUAGCUAUGGCACAGCGUGUAUGAUUCUGUCCUAUUCUUGUCCACUCCAACCUUCGUCUGUAGCUGUAUUUUGCUUGAUCAUAUUGGAUUCAACUUUGUCGUAUUGUGUUAUACUUUUCAAAGAAAUAUGGUCUUGUAGUGUGCUUCGAUUAAAAUGAGUUGUUGUUGGGCUUCUAGCCCCGCAUUUUCCCCCAUACAAAA